ACUCAUUCGUCAUUUCUGUUCUGAGCAUUCGGUUUCAGAAAAAAGAAUGAUCGUGCACAAUAUCGCUUUGUUAUUAACUUUAGCAUUUGUGUCAACAGCUUCUGCUGCUUUACAAUGCGUAAGUGGAUGCUGGCAUAACAAUGUCUUCUAUCCUGUUGGUUCAACUGUGACAUGCCCGGUUAUAUCUCAAAAUUGCAUUGGUCGUGAUAUCCCUGGCCAAUGUUGUCCCGAAGAAUUUUGUGGCUGUACCAGAAACGGAAUCGACUAUAAAAUUGGAGAUGAAGUUCCUAGCUUUGAUACUUGUAAUACUUGUUGGUGUGAUAGCAAUUUACCCCAACCGAAUAAUAUCGACUGUACCGAAGAAUUUUGUGGUUGUAUCAGAAACGGAAUCGAAUAUCAAGAUGGAGAUGAAGUUCCUAGCCUUGAUACUUGUAAUACUUGCUGGUGUGAUGGCACUUCAUCCCCACCUAAUAAUAUCUACUGCACCGAAAUUGCUUGUACUUCUGAACCAACAGAAGGUCCUGAAACUCCUGAACCAGCUUGAUUCAUGUAUUACUUGCUGGUGUGCUGGAAAUUUAACUGCUUACACCAAAAUUUAUAUUCCUUAAAUUCAAGAAGGAAUUUUUCAAAAAAUAGUUCUUAUUAUUUUACAGUCGUUGACGUAUACUUAAUGCAAUUUCGAGCUUAAACUUUCAAAUAACCAUUUUAAUGAGCAGCU